AUCUCCCCUCUCCCGGUAACGUCCACAGGCUCUCUGAUUGGUUCGAACUAAGUUCGCUGAUCUUUUCUCUCUUGCUAUUGGCUCACGUUGGAGUCAGUCAACCUGUUUCCUGCUUCACGGUGUGGUUAUUAACACUGAGCUCCUUUAAAUGUUGACGGUCGGACUCGAUGAAGUUGCUACAUAUUAAGACAUUUAAAAGAUGUCAGGGGCUCCCGAGCAGAUCAGGAAGCGCCGUCCCCCCAAAAUGUUCUUGAUCUCGACCGACAUGAAGAUCCAGGACCAGCUGGAGGGUACCAUUCGGCUGCACCGGGGGUACAUCUGCCAGGAGCAGGAUAUGGGCAAGAACAGAGGGGACAGCCCAUGGGUGAAGGUGUUAGACAAUGGCGUCAUGAUAAGAAUAGAGACGAAGUUCCUACUUGAAGUCCCGAGUGCCCUCAGUGGCCUGUUAGAGCCUGUAUCUGAUCCAGAAACCCGCCUAAUACUUCUAGACAAUCCUGGGAAGCUGCAGCAGUUUGCUGCUUUGCCUAUUGGUGCCCUGCUGUGGGUCCAAAUAGGCCAACAGGAUGAGCUGGCAGAGGCAGAACUUAAAUACAUCGGGACACUGAGCAGAGGGAGCACCGCUGUUUAUUUUGGAAUAGAACUCAAGGGCCAGCGGCACUUCAGUUGCCCUGAGGCAUGUGCCCUCUUUCUCCCAGUCAGUCACAUCAGGCUCCGCCGCUGGUCUCGCAGCAGUGGUUCCAAUGCCCAUGAGCGAGAUCAUCACCACAGCAGCAAUAAUCACCCCAGUGAUGGGCACCAUAGCAACAACAAUAGCUCAAAUAAGCAGCAACAGCAGCACGUCCGCCACACUAGCUUUCGCCAGCUUCAUCCCGGCAGCCCUCCGCAGCCGCAAGCUUUCAGCAUCCUUCCUCGAACAGCGGAGUCUGCACCUGUUGCCGCACCAAAUCAUAUUCAGGUGCGAGGCCCCGUUUCGCCUCUGCCAUUCCAUGUUGGUCAGCGAGUGUGUUUCCCUCUGGAGAACACCAUCUGUGGUGGGGAGGUGCGCUUCUGUGGUCCCCUGUCUGGCCACCCCUCAUUAGGGAUGUAUGUCGGAGUCCUUCUGGACUCUGCUGUUGGUAACUGGAACGGGUAUUACAGGGGAGAGAAGCUCUGCCACAUUCCUUCCCCCAUCUAUGGACUACUGCUGCCAGUCACCAAGGUUUACUCAGAACCAAAAUCCCAGAAUCGCAGUCCUCAUCAACAAAUGCCCAAAUCCAUCCUGAAGCCAGCACCGCCCCCUGCUGUUAAACCAGACCCACCCGCUCCCAAAGUCUCCCUGAUGCCCCCCAACAAGCAACCACUUAAACCUCCUCCACUGCCACCACCGAAAAUCAUUCAGAAACCCCUGCCUCUUCCUCCUCUACCACCUCCCAAACCCACCAGCCCAAUGUCACCGACCGCUGCCGAGCAGCUGCAGCACACCAAUGGCGUACACACCCCACCAUCACCACUGACAUCGCCAGAUAACAGCGAAGCUGUGAGGGAGAACGGAAAGGCGGGACUGGAGGGGAAAUUGGAGGUAGGCUCGAUGGUAGAAGUGAAUGACCCACCGCUUUUUGGGGUGAUCCGCUGGAUUGGACAGGUCGGCGGGAUUUCUGAGCCAAUGGCUGGAAUCGAACUGGACCAGCAGCUGCUUACAGGAACAGAUGGCAGUUACUUUGGUGAACGCCACUUCAGUUGUCCGGCCAAUAAGGGGCUGUUUGUCAGACUACGCAACUGUAGGAGGGACUCCAGGUUCCCCGCACCUGAAACACCUGUCAAUCAAGUGGAGCGAUGCAACUCUAUAGCCUUUGCGGAGUGGGGCAGUGAGCGUGUGGAGGAGCACACUCCUCCAGUGGACGGGGACGAGGCUAAAGAGCUCUACCAGGGCUGGAAGAGAGGCAUCCAGGGUCACCUCAACUCCUGCUAUUUGGACGCUACGCUGUUCAGUCUGUUCUCCUGCUGCAGUUCAGCAGACUGGGUGUUGUUCUGGCCUCCUGACUCUGAAACUAAGCAGAGCUACAGUCAGGCUCAGGACCUGCUGCGCUGCGAGAUAGUCAACCCACUGCGAAGAUAUGGCUACGUGUGUGCCAGUAAAACCAUGUCCUUGAGACGACUGCUGGAGGCGGCCAAUAGUGACACCGGCUUCACCAACCAGGAGAAAGAUCCUGAAGAGUUCCUCAACAAGCUUUUCCAGCUCCUUCGAGUCGAGCCGCUCCUAAAGAUUAGAUCGAUGACUCAGCAGCCUCAGGCGUGUCACCUCUACCAGCUCUUCCCACCGACCCUUCCUCCCUCUCCGUCCUCACCUUUAUCCCAUUCACCAGUUGACUCCCCAAUCCCUCUCUCCUCGCCGUCAUCUAACCGGUUGAGGGUUGCCAGCGUCCAGGCCCUGCUGGAGUCCUCCUUCUUCCAUGCUGGUCUCAAGUUCGUUGAGGCUCCCUCCUGCCUCUUGCUGCUCAUGCCCAGGUUUGGGAAGGACUUCAAAAUGUUCGAUGCCAUUUUACCCACUCUCAGCCUGGACAUCACAGACCUGCUGGAUGACACUCCGAGACAGUGCAGUAUUUGUCAAACUGUGGCUGAGUGGGAGUGUGUGCAGUGUUACGAAGAUCUAGACAUCACUCCUGGUCGCCUCAAACAGUACUGCCAGACCUGCAACACGCAGGUCCACAGUCACAGGAAGCGAGUGUCCCACAGCCCAGUGAAGAUUGGUGUUCCCGUGCCCCCAUGGACAGGCCCUUUACACUGCACUCGCCAGCGAAUGUCUCUGUUUGCUGUGACAUGCAUUGAGACCAGCCAUUACGUGAGCUUUGUCAAGCACGGGCCCCACCCCACUGACUGGCUGUUUUUUGACAGUAUGGCAGACAGAGAAGGUGGUGAGAACGGCUUCAACAUCCCCCAGGUGAAGGCGUGUCCUGAGGUGGGCCGAUACCUCAGCCUGUCAGAGGAGGAGCUGAGCAGAGUAGACCCUGCGUCCCUACGAGAGCCAGCCCGCCGCCUGCUGUGUGACUCCUACAUGUGUCUGUAUCACAGCCCUGAGCUCAGCCUGUACAAGUGACCUGGAGGCUGAGCACAGGCACACAUACAGUACAUAUCCUAAAUGCCGUACAACUAACAGACGUCCUCAGGUUCUUAGUCUCAUGCAGCUGUCAGAUGAAAAACAUGCAUGUGCACAAGGGCCAUGAUUUCAGCUAGACCAGUUUUAUUCGCUUAAUUGAGUGGAACAUGAAAUCGAUGAUAGAGCCAAGGGACACAUUUUUCAGCUUCUAGUCCCAGUUUGGCAGUAAAAUGCAUCUUGGUGAUCCUAGCAGAGUUUGUGCCUCUCACGUUAUUGUUAUAUCCAUGUCAAAAAAAUUCAUACCCAGCUGUGUUUGAAAAACUUGACAACACUUACUGUAGUUCUGUUUCAGAUAGUUGACAGAUUUCUGUUAUGUUGAAAACAUAAUGUCUUUACUCAAAUGCUGACCUCAAGCAUUGUUCGGGCACCACUAAAAAUAUAUGCAAGACUGCCUGGUCAACAUGCAUUUACUCUAAAGGAGAGGUAGCAAGUUACAAGUUACAGGUUUCUCGCAAACAAAUAUGAGCAAAGUGAAAAAUCUGAUAAACUCAUAAAUGCUGUUGAGACUUUGCCAGAGCCCAGGGCUACUGUAGUUUCAUCUAGGUUUGAUUAAAUCUGGUUAAAGCCUUAAAUGGGCUGAACGGAGCCACAGGAUUACAUCUGAGCUCUCCAGACAAAGAAUUCUGACAAUCAGCAAAAUUUACCUGAGAACAGUAGUAUGACCCACAUGAUCUAAAGUGCUGAAUGAACAAACAGCCUGUAGUUUGUUGGUCAGAGCUUUGUACAUCUGUGAACUUACAGUAGUGACGAGUGAGUCUGAGCUUUAUACCUGGGUUUAUCUGUACCUUAAUGCUCACACACUGUACAGAACCACUGUCAAACUCAUCAUCAUCAUCAUCAUCAUCAUCA